AUGUCGUUUGUUCCUAGGAAAGUAUUUCCAAACUAUAACAUCCCAUUAAACAAUUUUAAAGGUCAUCACCAGAAAGCUCUUUCUAAAUUUGGUCAUCUUGCCCCUCAAUUAGAUAUGGUGAUUGAAGUGCGAGAUUGUCGUGCUCCCCUUGCAACAACCAAUGUUUUAUUUGAUAGAGUAUUAGUGGGUAAAAAGAAACUUAUAUUGUACAGUAAGAAAGAUUUAUCUAUUUUGAAAACAAGAGUGCUUGAUAAAUGGCACAAACUGAAGAAUGAAGAUUACAUGUUUAUUGAUUGUCGAAGCCAAAAAGAUGGUAAACGGGUUAUCAGCGAAAUCAAAAAAUUGUACAAUAGUAUGGAGCAACCACCUCCAUUAGGGUUAAGAUCUAUGAUUAUCGGUAUGCCAAAUGUUGGGAAGUCGACACUUGUUAAUACAUUACGACAAGUCGGAUUAAGCGAUGGUGAUUAUGCUAUUUCUUCAAAAAUUAAAAAAGUUGCUCGAACAGGAAAUCAACCAGGUGUUACUAGGAAUACUAGUGAAAUCAUUCGACUUUCUCGUGAUCCGGAUAUCAUGGUUUAUGAUACACCGGGAGUUUUCUUGCCCACUGCUAAGAAUGUGGAGACUAUGUUAGCAUUAGGAUUGGUGGGUUGUAUUCAUGAUUCGUUUAUUGAUCCCGUUGUUUUGGCAGACUAUUUAUUGUUUGUGUUAAAUUUGCAAGACCCUUCAGGUAAGUUGUAUGCAGAAUAUAUUGAUCAUCCAACUAAUGAUAUCUACGAACUUUUAGACAACAUAGAACAAAGAAGAACUACGGGUAAGAAGAAUAGGAAAUAUGACGAGGAUGGUUUAGCGAUCCACUGGGUAAGCAAAUGGAAGAAUGCCAAAUCAAACAAGUAUCGUGGAUUGUUUGAUGUUGAGGCUAUCAAGCAGGAUAAGGCGAAAUCAUUUUCGGAUAUUAUUGAGGAAGAAAAGGAAAGAAUAAGUGCUACCAAUGUUCAAAAGAGACUUACAGAUAGAUUUGGUGAAGAUGGUACAUCUACUGCUAAACACAGAAAGAGAACAGCUAAAGACAGGGAAUUUGAUCUGAGGAAUAGACUCUUUAAACUUUAA